AUGCAUCAAUACACUUUAUUAAUACUUUUUAUUGCUAUUAUACAAUUUAACUGCGCAUGUUUUAUUACUAAUUGUCCAAUUGGUGGUAAACGAAGUUUACAUUUAAUAAAUAAUCUUCAAAAUCAUCAAUGUCCACGUUGUGGAUUAACUGGUCAAUGUUUUGGUCCAGCAAUCUGUUGUACUGAUUUAGCUUGUCGCAUUGGUCAUCCAUCAGAUAUUCGUCAAUGUUCAGCUGAGGAUCAUAAUCUUACACCAUGUAUAAUUAAAUCUCCUACGUGUUCAACUGUACCAAAUGGUCGAUGUGCUGCUAAUGGAAUUUGUUGUGGUACAGAAUCAUGCCAAAUCGAUGAAACUUGUUAA